AUGAGUGUUCAGAGCGACUCGCCGCCGGGAAGGGUGUCGGGAAGCUGGGAUUCGUCACCACAGCAUCUCUGCUCGAGCAGAGAAGUUUACCGGCAAAACCGAUCUGAGAUUGCGGAGAGGGAGAGGAAGGUGGAUUCAUCAAGCUUCGAAAUCGGGGAUGAGACACAGAGUCUCGAAGCCGGGAUUGCGAGGAGAUGGAUCCAGGAGAUGAUAGUACCAACCUUCGAGAGCUAUCAUACCUAUCAGAUCUCGUGCCGCUAA